AUGCCGGCCCAAGCAGCCCACUACUCACCCACUUCGACUACGGAACAAGCCAUGAUGUCGUGUUCUUCGUCGUCGCGUCUUCGUACGCUCCGUCGUAGCUUUGUACAGGAAGAUCAAAAGCCUCUCUUGGACAUUAUGCUGCAAUACGGAAAUCUAUCACUGACGGACCGCAAGUUGGACUCGUGGAUUGACUCGGCUGCACCGCAACCGCACCACAUUCGAGUGCACAAGGACAAGGACACGUGCGUCUUGGACGACAGUAGCUCGGAUCAUCUUUCGCGUCGUGUUUCGUGCUUGUCGAAACGACGCAAUCGACUCUCGCGAAGCUGGAGUGGCAACAUUUGCAUGAUCCAGCAAGACUCUCUCAUUGACGUGCUUCCCAAGGCCGCCGGCGACGUUACGGGACGUCACAAGCGCAGCAAACCUCGACGAGCCAGUGGCGAUGCAGCCACGCUCAUUGCCAUGCGUCGAGGGCGUAAUCCUCGACCCAAGGACGUCCUGGUCGAAGGAGAUCUUCAGACGGUACGUAAGGUUGUCUUGGAAAAGAAGCUACUCCGGCGUCCACUCAUUCCCAACUACAUGAAAUAUAACCACGAUGAUAAUGACAGUACGGGAUUGCUUGCUGAGAUCCUUCGUACCCAGCAACAGCAAGACGAUGCGGACAAAAAGCAUCACGCACCCCCACACCGUCGUGGUGUCCUACGAUCCAACUCGCUCAAUUCAGCCGUCCUUUUGAGCAAACGACACCUGUCCGUCAUGCCCUCGAGUGCCUAG